CAGAGGUAUGAGUACCUUGAGACGAUAAGCUCUGGGGCAUAUGGAGUGUGUUACAAGGUGUUGGAUACGGCAACAGGUCAGCAUUGUGCUGCGAAAGGUAUCAAGCAAGCACAUGAGGAUGCUGAGGUUAUGAGGCUCACACUCCGAGAGGUGAAAAUCCUGAAAACCCUCCCGCCUCACGUUAACGUCGUGAGACUUUUAGAGGCCUUUCGGAGCCACAGUGGCAGGGUAUACCUGGUUUUCGAGUAUGUCGAACGGAGCUUGUACCAGGAGCUUGAACGGCAUCCCGCAGGCGCCCUCCCUGGCCCCAUGGUCAAGUCCGUUGCCUGGCAGCUGCUCCAUGCUCUGGGCCACUGCCAUGACCACGGGGUCUUGCACAGAGAUGUGAAACCUGCCAACGUGCUUCUGACGGGGUACACCCCAGGAUUAGGAAGCGGGGGUGUUGUGAAGCUUUGUGACUUUGGAUUUGCUCGUACAUUGCCUGGCGGCGGUGGCAGAGCUGGGGGCGGCGCCGGCGGUGGCGCUGGCAUCGGUGCCGGGGCCGCCGGCUUGUCGUCGUACGUGAUGACUAGAUGGUAUCGUCCCCCAGAGGUUCUCGUUGGGGACAGCUACGGCACGGCCAUCGAUAUUUGGUCGUACGGAUGCACGUUGGCGGAGCUAGCCACAGGCCGGCCUCUGUUUCCUGCAGGUCGGUCCACUGUUGACCAGCUGUGGCGCAUCAUGCGCUGCCUGGGCCCGCUGCCGCCGUUGCAAGCCGCCGCCAUGCGCCGGGACCUGGGGCUGCAGGCUGUGUGGUCGCCUCCGCAGCGGCUCAAGACGCUGCGGCAGCGGCUGCCGGAUUUGGAUCCUCGGCUUUUUGAGGUAGUAAGUGCCUGCCUAACGAUGGAUCCGCAGCGCCGACCCACGGUUCGCCAGCUGCUGGAAAUGCCGUACUUU